ACGCACCCCACUGGACUAAAAUCUUGUGACAAAAAAAAGACGGGGGAAAGCAGGAAGGCAAAAGAGAAAACCCUCUCUCUCUCCAACACGCACACUUUCUUCUGUGACCCUCUAGGGUUUAGAAUUGUAUCAUUUCUUCAUUUAUUUUACGUUUUCACAGUAGAGUUGUUUUCUGCUUGAGAAUGGUGGAAGCGAGUCGCUUUUCUCUGUUGCAUUUCAUUCGAGGACUAGCUUAAGAGGUAUGACUUCUGUUCUGCAACCAUUUAGGAUUCGUAAUCGAAGCUACGGAUUUUUGGUUUUCAGCUUCAUUUCGCUUGCUCGCCUGCCAUGACAUCUUUGACGAACGGCGAGUGCGAAUUAGAUAGGAAGUCUGAUAUCUCUGUUGAUUUGCCUCGCUACGAGGUAGAACAUCCCGAUGUAAUUAGGGUUUCUGGAGGUACGCAUGGUGAGCAUCGCUCUGCUGCUCGAAUUGAUGAAACUGAGUGUUUGACGACGACGGUUGCUGGGUUGGAGGAUUCUAGGGUUCUCCCUGAGCUUGUCGGUAGAAAAAUGGUGGAGUUGGAGGAUUUAAAUUCAAAUGGUACAAAUGUUACAAAUGUUGUUUCUGUAGUUGAACACGCAGAGACAGAGAAGGUGAGAUACGAAGAAGCUAGUGUAUCGCCUGAUGUCGAUUUGGAGUCUAGGCUUUCCGUUGUUCAAACUGAUUACUUGCCGUUGAGCAGGGAAGGCCCUUCUCUUGCCGUUCAAGACACGGGAGUGGAGCAUGCAACGACGAGGUACGAAGUGAUACCUGAGAUUUCUUCCGGAGAAACGAGGGGAGAUGCAGAAGCCACUAUUAAGCGGGCUGGCUCUGAUUUUGAUUCUUUAUAUUCUAAGCUCGAUGAAAAUGCAGUCCAUGAGUUGCCGGAGGCGCUGGGCGCAGAAACAGCUAGCGCCUUGAGAUAUGGAUUCAAAAUAGGGGAUAUGGUGUGGGGAAAGGUCAAGUCUCAUCCAUGGUGGCCUGGGCACAUCUUCAGUGUAGCAUUCGCAUCUCCUUCCGUGCGUUGGACAAAGAGGGAGGGUCAUGUUUUGGUUGCUUUCUUUGGUGACAGCAGUUAUGGUUGGUUCGACCCAGCGGAACUUAUUCCUUUUGAUCCUCAUUACGCAGAGAAAUCACGGCAGACAAACUCCCGGAAUUUCUUGAAGGCUGUUGAAGAGGCUGUUGAUGAGGCCUGCAGGAGACGUGCUCUUGCUUUGGCCUGCUACUGUCGGAACCCAUUUAAUUUCCGGCCCGCAAAUGUUCAGGGUUAUUUUUCUGUUGAUGUAGGGGGAUAUGAGCCUGGUGGAGUUUAUUCAGUAAAGCAAAUUGAAAUGGCAAGAGAUAGCUUCCACCCAGAUGAGAUGCUUUCAUUUGUUCUACGAAUGGCAUUGACACCUCGGAAUGAUGAGCAGAAGGGCAUCGAUUGGAUUAAGGAUAAGGCCCUUGUUCUUGCUUACCGGAAGGCAGUGUUUGAGGAGUACGAUGAAACUUAUGCGCAGGCGUUUGGAGUACAAACAAUACGGUCUCGUGAUACAUCGGGGGUAUUGUAUCAACCUGAGAAAGUUCCAUCUCGAGCUCCUUUGAGCGGUCCUCUGGUGAUUGCUGAAGCUCUUGGUGAGAGGAAGAGCUCUACAAAGCUUAUAAAAGGUAAAGAUCAAUCAAAGAAAGACAAAUACUUGUUGAAACGAAGAGAGGGACCAAAUGAUCCCAAGUCGCAUCACGUUAGCCAAGGACCUGUAGGUAUUUCAGUACCAUCAAGUUUGAAGAAGGGAGUGGCAGCACCAGUAGCUGGGGACUAUGUAUUGCAAAAAAGAGAAUCAAUGAAGCCUCUUACUCCGCGAAAAGUGGCAGCAGGAAUGAUCAGUGGGGUAAUUUCAGUUCCAAGUCAAGGAGCAGCUGAGCAAGAGGGGAUUCAAGUAGCAGCCAAGAGACCAAUAGUUGCUCCUAAAGGCUCAGUUGAUUCGGCAGUGAACACGAGUCAGGUUAGUGAAUUGGCUGGUUCUCAGUUGAGUCUGCCUGCCGCUGGAGGCAGUGCACCUCUUGCACAGGGGGGUCAAGAAUAUGGAAAGCAACCUCUGGAUGAGGAUAUGUGUGGCUUGCAAGAGGUGAAAGGAAGGGUGAGUGUAGAUGUGGUGGGGGGUGGUCCCAUAAGUGCUGGUAUGAAUUUAUCAAAUACAGGGGGGAUGUCCGAACAUCGUGGUGCAGUACACCGUGAUUUUUGGCAGGGGGGUGCAGCUAUGGUUGAUGCGAAACAUGAGGAGCAAUUGAUAGUUGGCCGUACAGUUGAAGUUCUUGAACAAGCAAAGAUGAGAAUCGCGAAGCCCUCUAAAGAUCACAAUGGACUUGAUAGUGUGUGGGAAGGUGCUAGUGGUUUACCUUUGUUAGCUGCUGAUGUGAAACAUCCUGCAAGUAAGGUUGUAAAUACGGGCAGUGACACAGGGAUGAAGGCAAAAAAUGUCCGCAAGCACCCUGGAGAUGAGCUGAACUUUGAGAAAUCUAUCAUGAGGGAGAGAAAGAAGAAAAAGAAGAAAGAACUAGGUUCAGAGGCAAGCCUGGAUCAUAAACAAAAAUAUCUGAAAAUUCAAAAAGAUGGAGAACCAGUGAGAAAAUCAGCAGGAAAAUCCAUUGGUAUUGGUAUGGUUUCACAGAAAAAAGUUGAUGGGGCCAACGAUUCCUUCCCUUCCAGCUCAUUGAUGACUCCGUCGGUUGAUAUGGGGGAUGCAGAUGUUGAUCUUCCUCAAUUAGUGGAUGAUCUUUUGGCUCUUGCUCUUGAUCCCUUCCAUGGUGUAGAGCGGAACAGCCCUGCUAUUGUACGACAGAUUCUCCUGCGGUUCCGAUCCAUUGUCUAUCAGAAAAGUUUGGUUCUGUUGCCCUUGACUGAAGCUGAAACUUCUGAUCAAGGCAAUAAAUCUUCAGCAGUUACUGGUGGUCUGGAUAUUCCUCCUGGCGACGAGAGAAACCAGCCAUCUGAUUCAAGGCCACCUAAGCACCUGUUUAGAUCAGAUGAUCUCACAAAAGCUGGCCGUAAGCGUAACCCCUCUGACCGUCAGGAAGAGAUUUCUGCAAAGAGGCUGAAGAAACUGAAGGAACUGAAGGCAUUGACAAUGGAAAAGAAGUCUGGCAGCUUGAAUAUUUCUGAAAUGCAACGAGACCGGAAAGAUAUAAAAGAUACUGGUGUAGGAGUGCCAGCAAAGCCAAUCAAGGCAGAUUCAGUAAAGAAGCUAGAGCCAUCUGUGAGGGUGGCGGAGCCUACAAUGCUGGUUAUAAAAUUUCCCCCUAAAACAACACUGCCGUCCAUCCCAGAACUGAAGGCACGGUUCGUACGCUUUGGGCAACUUGAUCACUCUGCCAUCCGUGUGCUUUGGAAGUCCUCCACAUGCCGGGUUGUGUUCAAGCACAAGUCUCAUGCGCAUGCGGCAUACAACCAUGCCAUCCGAAAUAGUUCCCUAUUUGGGAAUGUGAAGGUGAAGUACUACUUGCGUGAUUUGGAAACACCAGCACAGGAGUCAUUUGAUUUAGUUAGGCGGCGAGAAGAUACUGCCGAUGAGACCACGCAGUUGAAGGUCCCAUCCACAAAUAAUUCUGCCGGAGAGCCUAGGCAAGCAGCAUUUCUGCCACGGCUACCUCAACCCGCAGUCCAGCCGAAGUCGAUUCUGAAGAAGCCAAAUGGUGAUGAGGCAGGGCCAAUCGUGGGAGUUUCAAGGGAUAGCCCACGUGUAAAAUUCAUGUUGGGAGGGGAGGAAAGUAGUAGGGGAGAGCAGUUGGUGAUUAGUAGUAGCGUCAACAACAAUGGUAGUAAUGCAGAUGGUGGUGCAUCUUCUCUUGCAAUGGGUGUUUAUAGUAAGAACUUUCAAAAGGUUAUUUCUCCACUGCCUCCUCUCCUUCCUCUUCCCCCUCGUAGUAGUCUGGAUGCACGUGAAAGUCCUGCAGUUGGUCAAUUACCCAAAUUCCACUAUCUGCACCAUAGCGAAGUAGAGAUGAGGAACAACCACAACUACUUCGUCCCUACCACCACCACCAUCACCAUUUCUGCCACGAACAUUGACAUUUCCCAUCAGAUGUUGAAUCUUCUGAUGAGGUGCAGCGACAUAGUAACCGAUGUGAAGUCCUCGUUAGGAUACGUUCCUUAUCAUCCUCUUUGAAGGCAACUGGUGCCGAUGGGGUAAUGCAAACGUGCUGGGACUACCGUGUCGGUUGCUCCAUGCGGCCGAGGUUGUAACAUGAAACACAAGAAGGUUGGGACCCCUUCUAGGCCAUGGACCGCUGGGAGCAUCUGUAGUUUAAAUUGAACACUAAUGUACUCGUAAUGUUUGUGCCACUUGUGGAUGAUGUCUAAUUUACUAACCGUGUAGUCAGAGACUCAGAAUAGUAAAAACAUGCUUAGUGCUUA